UACUGCAUAGUUGGUUGCUGCAUUCGCUGUCUCUUCGGAAGUUGCCAGUCAUGAUAUUCGACAUUGGAACAUACUGCUUCAUAUAACGUUCAAGAUGUUUUGAGUGUGUGCAGCGAACACUGACCAUAUACUUAUUAAUACUACUACAACCAUUUUUUAUGACGAAGCCUAACUUUUUCUUCUUAUUCGUGCACAGGAAUAAGGUACCGUGGGAGAACAGACUAUGGAGUCAUCAGUGUAAGUUACUGAUUUAAGGGUACGUGAAUAACAAGAAUUUUAUCAGUUGAUAAAGCUUGGUCUGGGAGAACUUGUAUUUUUUUAUUUGGAUGAUGAAGAGACGGAGAUCAGAUUCUUACAACUUUUUAUAUGAAGAAAAUAGGAACCUACGAGAUGCACGCGAAGGUAGCAUAGCUAAUAGUUAUUUUACAUUCCAAAAUGACGGACCCGACAACGUCGCCAGAGGAUCACUGGAAAACAGACGGCGCUUUCAGCGACAGUGGCUUUGACCCUAGUUUCUUUGCUGAAACUGCCAGAAAGGGUUCAGUUGUGUCCAGGGCCAACAGCAUUGGCUCAACAAGUGCCUCCUCAGUACCAAAUACAGAUGAUGAAGACAGUGACUACAGACAUGAAGCAUCAUAUAAGGACUCGUAUAAAGAUCGACGGAGACAAGCACACACACAGGCUGAGCAGAAGCGUAGGGAUGCUAUUAAGAAAGGCUACGAUGACCUCCAGUCCAUAGUGCCAACGUGCCAGCAGCAGUCUGAAUUUGCAGUGGGAGCACAGAAGAUAAGCAAGGCUACUGUGCUGCAGAAAACAAUCGACUACAUCCAUUUUCUUCAUAAAGAAAAGAAGAAGCAGGAGGAGGAAGUUUCUCUACUAAGGAAAGAAGUGAUGGCGCUGAAAAUCAUGAAAACGAACUAUGAGCACAUAGUGAAGGCCCACCAGAACAACCCACAGCAAGGAGAGGAUCAGGUGUCUGACCAGGUCAAGUUCAACAUCUUUCAGAGCAUCAUGGACUCACUGUUCCAGUCUUUCAGCAAUUCUGUUUCAGUGAGCAGUUUCCAAGAACUCUCUGCCUGUGUAUUCAGCUGGAUUGAAGAGCACUGCAAGCCACAGACGCUGAGGGACUUUGUUGUUGGGGUGCUGCGGCAGCUCAACGGUCAGCUUUACUGAUUGAGUGAAACCUCUGGGCUUAACUCCCAGAAAUUGACUUUGAGCUUGCUCUGGCCUCUCAGGGUGGACGAAAAAACUUCAAUCAGCCUCAGGCCACACACCACAGUAUUUACACUCACUUCAGCUCAUCAGUGACUCUCCAGCUGCAGUUGUAUUACCUCAACCUCAUGGUAUGGGCAGAGAUGAGAAGUUGUAUUGGAUUGAGCGAUCACGUUUAAGAAGGAUCACUUCCUGAUUGUAAGUGUACGUACAUACAGACAGCUGAGUAUUUUUUCAGCCUCUGCUGAAUGUUCAUACUUCUUACUGUUGUUCUGCUAAGAAAAGCAGGGGAAACUCAACAUUUUGCAAGUGAAUGUAUAUGUGAAAUGCAUCCGGUAGACAAGAUAGUGUAGUGUGCAUCUAGUUGUAGUCACAGUUGCCCUUGUUGAGAUGAAUCAAAUCCAAGACUCUUCUCACAGAUUGAGGUAAUUGGCUGUAUUGCUUCUGCAAUCUAUCAACCUAAUUAACAGAAAUAGAGAAAAGGGUGAUGAAAAAUGUAAAAACUCAUGAGCCCACACCCUCCCCCGUUGCAUCAAGCAUAUAUUUGCAGCCUUAUGCUGAUCCAAAGGGCUACACUCAGCUUCAGUGCACAAACAUAAUGAGUCAGCCAUACCACUUCUGACAAUGUUAAAUACUCCACUACUAUACUACUGCAGGGUAACUGUAAUUUCUCUUAAAUGUGCAAUCAGGAACACACUCUGUGGCGCGUCAGCAUUUUAUUGCUUUGGUUUAAAAACAGACUCCUCCACCUUAGUUUUAGAAGACAUGAGGUUGUCAUUAAUGCAGUUAUGACAAGCUGUCAGAAAUGUUGAAAUAUCAUGGUGACUGGUGUGCAAUGUAAGCAGCAUUAAGAUUCAUGGAUUACUAUUAAUAUAUGCUGACUAUUGACAAUAAUUAAGCUUUACCGCACAUUGUGAAGAGAUUGUUUAAAUACAGGCAGUUAUUCAGUUGCUGUUAUACAUGUGAUGUGUUCAUGAUGUGUUCGGAGAUGAUGUGAAAUACAAAGUGUUGAUUCUGAUGAACCUUUCAGAUUGCAGUUUACCAUACAAUAAGCUUUUCUAAAUCAAAUGACAUAAAAUGUCAUCUCUUUAAAGGUCCAGUGUGUAGUCAGAAAUUGAAGUUAAUGUAAUACAUAUGUUUUCAUUAGUUUAUAAUCACCUGAAAAUGACAAUUGAUGUUUUUUUAUUACCUUAAAUUGAGCCGUUUAUAUCUAUGUACUGAAUGGGUCCUCUUCCAUGGAGUUCACCAUGUCAUUUCCACAGUAGCCCAGAUUGGACAAACCAAACACUGGCUCUAGACAGGGCAAUUCGUGUUUUGAUAUUGGCCAUAGUAUUUCUCCUACACACUUGGCAAACAGGAGAAGUUUCAGUUGGUCGCAAUCUGCAACCUCGGGCAUCAGAUGCCACUAAAUCCUACACACUAGACCUUUAAAUUUCGGUGGUUUUAAUGCCAACAUGACAAACGCGUUGGUUGUCAGUGACUUUUACGAUCAGUAACAGUUCAUUCCAAACAGUGAAAUAGUAAACACCACUUGUGAAUGUCGAACACCGCUAAAUGGAAAAUGUUCUAAUUGUUCAGGGCUGAUUUUUUUUUUUUUUUUUUUUUCUUUGAAAACCGUCACUGUACCCACCACUGGUCACGGGUCCCUGGUGAGAGAUUUACAGCUGCUGUACUGAAUUAAAGAGCUUUUCAUUCUUAGAUUUUUGAACAUAUGAUAUAAUGCCAGUUUUCAUGAUGGCUUUCACAGUUUCCAGUGUCUGAGUAAGUAAAAUCUGUCAUUUACAUGGCUGAUCUGUUCUGAAUUACCUUACUGUUAUGGCUUUAAUCACAGGGAAGUGUUGAUUUAUGACCCUGUCAUGUUGCUUUAAGUACUGUCUUUUUAUAGGUGUUUUGAAUAGCCAUCUACUGUACAUCACCACCCAAAGAAUCACGUAAACAUAUGCAAAGAAGUAUACUGAAUUCUUGUCCUGUUUAAUUUGCCCCAAACAACAUUGAAAUGAAGUGUAGCAGAAAAGGACAAAUCAUAUAGUGGUCCCAUCUCUGCAGUUAAUACACCUGUAAAAUAUCUUUUAACAUUGUAAGAUAGCUGAGAAAGUAAUACAUUUGUUGAAGAAAUUCUGUUAGCACGUAAAUAUUAAAAGUGACUGUCAUAAACAUCUAAUAACUUGGAAGCAUACUGAGUGGAGAAGCAGUACAAAAGAUGAUAAACAAAGGAGAGAGAAAAACACAGGACAACCCUCCGUAAUACCCGAAGGCCAUAAAUAACAGCACAUGCUCUAUACAUUGUGGUUCUUUUAUGUUCAGGUUUCAAAAACCAUGGCAGCAAUAUGGACUUGAACAUAUAUGAACAAAGAACGUACAGCUCUCAAAGCUAUAAUAAGUAAUUUGUUGACAUAUUCAAAGGCUCAGGAUUGGUUGUAUGGCUUUAAAAAGGGAAAAAAAUAAACCACCGUUGCCUCUUUAGCCCCAAGCAUC